UCAUCAUUAUCUAUGAGGCCAUCUGUUGUGGAAAAUGAAUUCAGCCUCAUUUGCAUGACUGAUAAGCUUUUUUUUAUCUAUUUAACAGAAGGUCAUAUGCCGGGGAUUUGAAGCUGGUAAAAAGAUGUGAAAAAAGCCUAUCGAGAGGAUGAGUGGGAGUGUGUGCAUUAGUGGAUGUAUGUGGAAGUAUAACAGAUCCCUUAGGCCUGGUAGCCUAUCGUGCUGCAUUUGUCAUCCUUGCCAAGGCGACAUUUUUACCUAGGCUUCUGCACAGCGAAGAGUGUUGUUCCCUGCAGUCUGGUUCAAGUCACAGUAUUUUGCUUAUUGUGAAAAUGAAUUCAGAAGAAAACUGGUGAAUCGGCAGGCGUGGAAUCACAGCUGUUGUAACAGGCUCAGAAGAGCAAAGUGUGGACCAAAGAAAAUUCACGUCACCAAACGACUUCAGGAAUGCAAGAGAAGUUCUGGUCCACCAGUGUGAAUGCAUAGCAGAAAUGGAUUGAAAUGGACAAUGAAUAUUUCUAUGGCAGCCCAUACUUGCAUUUUUCAUCAUUGAAUAGAAUGCCCCAAGGUAAAGCAAAGCUCAGUACAUCAGUGUGGAUGCUAAUACCUUACUGAAGAAUGAUCUUCUGAUGGAGGCGGAUGCAGACCAGAAGCGCCACCGCACACGCUCGAAAGGGAUCCGAGUCCCCAUAGAACCAGUAAUCCAAGAACUCUUCAGUUGUCCAACUCCUGGUUGUGACGGCACAGGCCACGUUAGUGGAAAAUACGCGAGGCACCGAAGUGUUUAUGGAUGUCCCUUGGCAAAAAAACGGAAAAUACAGGACAAGCAACCAAGUGAGCCAACUCCGAAGAGAAAACCAUUCUUAGUGAGGACAGACAACUCUUCUGUAGAUGAGUGCUAUGAGACCGAUGGUACGGAGGAACUGGAUGAGAAAGAUGAGGAAUAUUCUGAUGAAAAUGAUGAUCAAGAGGAAGAUGAGGAAGAGGAGGAAGAUGUGGAAGCAGAAGAGGAAGACGAGGAUGAAUUAGAUGAGGAAGAUGAGGAGGAUGAAGAGUAUGAAGAUCAGAGUAAUGAACAAGAAGACCUUCAAGAAGAAUCUGAUAAUAUCAGGAGAAACCAGGACAUUGAGAAAGAUGAUAACAACAAUGAUGAAUAUGACAAUUAUGAUGAGCUUGUUGCAAAAUCAUUAUUAAACCUGGGAAAAAUAGCUGAAGAUGCAGCAUUUAGGGCUAUGACAGAAUCUGAAAUGAGUGACAGCACGGCACGUGGCCUGGAGGAUGAUAGUGACACUAACGGGAGCAGGGGUAGAAAAACAAAUAAAAGUGACUCCUGCCAGCUGAGUUUGGAUGUUGACAGUGAUGUUGUUAGGGAAACAGUGGAUUCCCUUAAACUUCUGGCACAAGGACAUGGUGUGGUACUUUCAGAAAAUGCAAGUGUUAGGGGUCGCAUAGAUGGUUUAAUACAGAAUGAAAUUAGAAAUGUGAACUUAGGAUCAUGCAAGUCCACCAAUGAUGGUAUGGAAAAGACUGUUGAUGAAAGUGAUGAGGCUGUUUGCUUGAGCAGUCUUGAGUGCCUAAGGAACCAAUGUUUUGACUUGGCUAGGAAGCUAAGUGAGAGUCAGCAUGAGGAAAGAAACCAGCAACAUCAUUUUAGUGACUGUCAACAGAACAGACCUGAUGAUGACAUCACAAGAAGGAUGUCAGAUCGGAACUAUUCGGAUAUGGUUAACCUGAUGAAGCUCGAGGAACAGCUUAGUCCUCGUUCUAGAGCUUUCUCUUCUGGUGUAAAGGAAGAAGAAUCACAUGACAGAGAUGAUGACACUGGCUCAGUCAAAUCUGACCGGUCUGAGGAAGUGUUUGAUAUGACCAAGGGCAACUUGACUCUGUUAGAAAAGGCGAUUGCACUGGAAACAGAGAGGGCGAAGGCGAUGAGAGAAAAAAUGGCAAUGGAAACUGCAAAGAGAGAUGCAUCAGAUCAAAUUCCAAGGCAUCAUGUCGGAGAUGAGAAGAAGUCUAGAUCUUCUGAUGGUCAUGUUAAAAAGCCAUACUACCCGAAAGAGUCGUCAAGGCUUGAAAAGAAAGAAAGCAAGUGUCCCACGCCAGGAUGUGAUGGAACCGGACAUGUCACAGGCCUUUACCCUCAUCAUCGCAGUUUGUCAGGCUGUCCACACAAAGACAGGGUUCCUCCAGAAAUUCUUGCCAUGCAUGAAAAUGUGCUUAAGUGUCCUACACCAGGCUGCACUGGGCGAGGCCAUGUAAAUAGCAACAGGAAUUCUCAUCGAAGUCUCUCUGGAUGUCCCAUUGCUGCUGCAGAGAAGCUGGCUAAAGCUCAAGAAAAGCAUCAUAACAACGAAGCAACAAAAUCUAACCAGGGUUCUGAUCGUGUACUAAGGCCUAUGUGUUUUGUUAAGCAGCUCGAGAUACCACAGUACGGCUACAGACACAACGUCUCCACCACCACACCUCGUUCCAACCUGGCAAAGGAACUGGAGAAAUACUCUAAGACUACUUUUGAAUAUAACAAUUAUGACCACCAAGCUUUUGGAAAACGAGCUAUUGCUCCCAAAGUUCAGACUAGGGAUGCAUCUCCCAAAGGUUAUGACGCAAAGCGAUUUUGUAAGAACUCCAGUUCAGCCAGCAGCACGACGAGUAGCUAUGCUCCCAGCAGUAGCAGUAGCAGUGUCAGCUGUGGUGGAGGCAGCAGUGCUAGCAGCACUUCGAGCAAGAGCAGCUUCGAUUACACACACGACAUGGAGGCAGCACACAUGGCAGCCACGGCCAUUCUGAAUUUGUCCACCAGGUGCCGGGAAAUGCCACAGAACCUCUCGACCAAGCCUCAGGAUCUGUGUGCCAGGAAUCCUGAGAUCGAGGUGGAUGAGAAUGGAACCCUAGAUCUGAGCAUGAACAAACAGAGGCACAGGGAUGGCAGCUCUGGCAGCAGCACUGGACUGCUGACUCCAUUAGAGCCAAUGUCCCCACAGCGACAGAACAUGAUGGUCAACAAGUGCUAUACAAUGAACGAGGCUGAUUGCUGGGACUUUCCGGUAGACUACACCAAAAUGAAACCUAGGACGAUGGACGAGGAGGAUCCCAAAGAGCCAGAAGACAUGGAUCCAUUUCAGGAAAGCCUGGAAGAACGAAGGUAUCCUGGUGAGGUCACAAUCCCAAGUCCCAAACCUAAAUAUGGACAAUGCAAGGACAUCAGCAAAAAAGAUCUCAUAACUCUGUCCGGCUGUCCUUUGGCUGACAAAAGUAUUCGAAGCAUGAUGGCCACCAGCUCACAAGAACUCAAGUGUCCGACCCCUGGAUGUGAUGGAUCUGGGCAUAUCACUGGAAACUAUGCUUCUCAUAGGAGUCUUUCAGGCUGUCCCCGAGCAAAGAAAAGUGGAAUCAAAAUUGCUCAAAGCAAGGAUGACAAAGAAGAUCAGGAGCCCAUCAAAUGUCCUGUUCCUGGAUGUGAUGGUCAAGGGCAUGUGACUGGGAAAUAUGCAUCUCAUCGGAGUGCAUCAGGGUGCCCGCUCGCUGCUAAGCGACAAAAGGAUGGCUACCUGAACGGCUCACAGUUUUCAUGGAAGUCUGGGAAAACGGAAGGCAUGUCCUGUCCGACUCCAGGAUGUGAUGGUUCGGGACACGUAAGCGGCAGCUUCCUAACCCAUCGCAGUCUGUCGGGAUGUCCAAGAGCGACUUCUGCAAUGAAGAAAGCAAGGUUGUCGGGAGAGGACAUGUUGACGAUAAAGCAACGAGCCAGUAAUGGGAUAGAGAAUGAUGAAGAAAUCAAGCAGCUGGAUGAAGAAAUUAAGGAAUUAAGUGAAUCUAAUUCUCAAGUGGAAGCAGACAUGAUCAAACUUAGAACCCAGGUCCCCCACACCAUGCAUCAAUCCCUGGCUGAGAGGGGGAUCACAACAAUGGAAAAUAACUUAAAAACGAUAGAAGAGGAAAACAAAGUAAUUGAACAACAGAACGAAUCCCUUCUGCAUGAGUUGGCCAAUCUCAGUCAGUCUUUGAUCCACAGCUUAGCCAACAUUCAAUUGCCACACAUGGAUCCAAUAAACGAACAGAAUUUUGAUGCCUAUGUGACGACUUUAACGGACAUGUAUACAAAUCAAGAUCGUUACCAGAGCCCAGAAAACAAGGCCCUUCUGGAAAACAUAAAGCAAGCUGUGAAAGGAAUUCAGGUCUAAGGACCGCUUUCUGGUUUAAAAAGAGAUCUUGCUAGGAUGCCUCACAUUUUUGCUGCUCUAAUUUACCAGACAGUGUUGAAUAUCAAAACUUUAUUUCUGUUACAAAAGGUGUUAUGCGUAGGAGACUUCAUAAUGAUUUUAUGUCCUGCUUUGAAAAUAGUAAUUGCAUUUAAUAUAUAGUUUUUAAAAACAUUCACAUUUUGUACGUUUUCAUAUGAGAUGACAUAGUGUAAUAUGCCAUGUAAUGUUUAUAGCUGCCAACGUAUGCACUUUUUUUGAGUGUAUACUCUUGAAUGGUUGACGGAACAAAAAAAGAAUAGGAUACGAAUUCUUCCAAAUGCUUUACAAAAAUGGGAAGAAUUCAAUGUAACAAAUUGACUUUGACAGAUAACAGAAAGCUUGGGAGCAUGUGAGCUAUGAUCUGACUAUGUAUCGCUAUCACUUGGAUACUCUGAUUUUGUGUCUCAUAUGGGAGAUUGUGUUUUACAGAAUUUAAAAAAAAGAAUUUAUGUGCAUAUUGUUUAAUAGACAAGGAUUGGUAGCGAAAAUGCUCUAGUUUUGAACAACGCUUUAAAAAUAUUAUGCGCUUUAGUUUUAAAAGGAUUACAGUUAGGUAGGGACACUCAAAUGAAAUUAUUGUUUUGGGGAUUUUAGAACAAUGAUUGAAAUAAUGAGUAGCUUUAAGACUGUUUUAGUUUAAGGUUUGGUGAAUUAGCCCUAUGUCCUCACUGUCCUGCAUUACUUCUAGUUAAAGAGAAAAGCAGUGGGGUUCAUGCUUAAAACAAAGUAGCCCAGUGAGGGCCCAGGGCUAAGCUCCAAGACAAGAUAACUUGACAGGAGGAUUACUUACAUACUGCACUGAUUGGUGCUGUGACUUCAGCAGCCUUCUAGGCCAUAAGAUGCUUACAGCAAUGCACUUCAAUGAACAUAGGACGGCCACUGAAUGCCACAGCACACUUUCUGUGAAGUUAAUUUGUCUUGAAGUUUACAGUACAUGUUAAUCUGUACUAUGGGUCUCUGUAGAAGGAAGUAUGGGUUUUAUACCUUAUUAAUAAUUUCAUCUGACUGGAACUUACAGGGUCACUGUCCCUCGAAACCUGCCAGUUCUACUUUGCACUUACCUUGUCCUAUAUCCACAGUGUAAUAAGGUGUGCAAUUGUUGAUUGUCAUCAGUCACAUGACACAAAUCGCAUGAGUCUGAACAAAUGAAACACAGAAGCCUGCGUGGCCACCGUUGCGGCAAUAGCCAUAAUGGAAACUACUGGGUACAAUGCUGUCAUAACAGGAAUAUGAUACAAUGUUCAAUGUGAAUAUGUAGUCCCAGCAGCACUUUAUUCAUAGUCGUUGUGCAAAACUUGCAAAGUUUUCCCAAUGGACAAAUUCUUAACUAGCUGGGAAAAAGAUUCUGUAAUUAUUAUGGGUGUGUGUGGCAUUGAGCCUGCACGGUGCCCACUUUCUGUUGUGCUAUUAGUUGUAGCUGCCAUGUUCAGAAUUGCCUUUUUGAGAGCUAAAGCAAGGUGCUUGUCUUUCACCUUAUGCCAUAUAUAUACAUAUAUACUUGCCCUAGCCUCUUUUAGGGCUUUGUUCUUCAUUGACUGCAUCCGCCUUUUUUUCCACUGCAUUGUGUCUGCAGCUUCUAUGCCAAUAUAGUAAUGCUUUUAAUAGAGUAAGAGCUAGUUUGACUUUUGGAUUAUUACUGUUCUCACCUAUGUAAAUGGAAAAGGGAUUUUAAGCACAAAUCUGCUGCUCAUCUAAUGUUGGUACAUAAUAUCGAAUCAAAACGUACCUGUGACUCCGACAUAGUGAACACAGACGUGUCACGUAUUAGAAUGCUAACAUUUCAUAAGGAUUAUUGCAGAUUCGUCAGAGUUUAUUUAUAAUAACUUAUUGUUCAUAUUCAUUUCUAAGUUAAUUUAAGUGAUAUUCAUUUAUUAAGACAGGAUUUUGUAUAAACUAUUUAUUGUGCUCUCUGUGGAACUGAAGUUUGAUUUAUUUUUGUACAACACAGCAUGGAUUUGUUGACAUUUUAAUUUUGCUAUAAAUGUGUAAAAUCACAAGUUGCUGUGAUGAUUCAUUUUUAAAUUGUGAACUUUGUACAAUUUUGUCAUGCUGGAUGUUGACACAUCUUACUAUAAAUAAAAUUGUGUUGCCACAUUUGUAGCACAGUGGUUCUCUGAUCAGUGUUAACAUUUUAACUUUAAUGUAUGUACUGGCAGCUGUGGCAAAUAAAUAUUCA